GCAUUUGCACCAUUUGUAUUGGGGCAUGACAACAAUAACAACGGCUCAAAAGCAGCUGUAGUGCGACCAAUUCAUUCUUCAUUUAUUAUUGGUAUCUGGCCGCAUAAUUACCUGGCGGCACCGGUCGCAUCUUUCUUCUAACCUGCAGGUUGCAUUCCGUCAUGGACAUAACGUCACCUGAAAACCUCGAAGGCAUACUCGAAACUGAAGGCUGCAGUGCAAAAGUUGCAGCUGCAUAUGAUGGCAUUUUGAAGGAUUCUUCAGCGGUUCUGCCAAAAAAUACGGAAGGUGGAGAUGUCUCUUCAACUGAUGUGGUUCCUCCGAAGCGACGCCCAGCUCGUACGUAUGGAAGAAAGUCUGCCGAAGACACAAGAAAAACUGAUGGAGAAGGCAGUGGUGAUACAUCCAAUGCUAUGGACAGCGGACUGAUGCAACUGCUUGACUUGCCGAUACCCAUGGAGGGUAUUGAAGAGACCUACGGCAAGGCGGUGGAAGGCGUGAUGAACUCGCUGAUACACCAAGAUGGAGGGUCAGAAGAAGAUGACGAUGAGACAAGAACAUUCCCCGCACGUAUUCAGUCGUCAGAUGCUGGUGUUCUACCUGAGCAUACGGAUCACCGCGCGCCAAGUUCGACAUCUUCACCGCCAACCGCAAUGCUAAACGAUGACGGCCAAACUGACGAUACCGAUGACAACGAGCCUGAUAUUCGAUCAUUUAGACCGCGCGGUCGUAUUGGUGCGAUGCGAAAAAGGAUUGAAGCAUCUGAUAAUGUCGUUCAAAAUGGGGAUGACGUUUCGCCAAAGUCCAUCACAGCGAACAAAUUGCAAAUGCUGGCCGAAAAAAUGCGUGCAAGGAAUAAUCCUUCAGAUUCAGCGGCCGCGGAUGUUAAUGAUAGCAGAACUGAAGAUCGGCCCGCAAAUGAUGUGAUUGAUUCCCUCUUUGAGGAUGAUUCAGAUAACGAGCUACCAAAUGUCUCUGAAGGGAUUAUGCAGAGAAAUUCAUCAAGGAAUCAGUCGCCAGAGGCCGAUCAAGAGAGUGAUUCUGACGUGCUCUACGACUCGGAUGGCAACGCUUUGUACGAAGAGCCUCCCAAAUCCAGCUCCAAAAGACGAAGCAAACAUGGGAAGGAUCAAUCGUCUGAAGAGCAGCUACUUGAGCUACGGAAGGAGACAGAACGGUUAUUGAGAAGCACCAUUGUUGAUUUGCCUCAGAGGCAGAGCAAGCUGACGAUAGGAAACUUUCUUGCUGCUCGGGGUAUCAGUCGGUCUGGUACAAUGGGAACUAAGACUAGUAACUUUGAAACAACACCUUCGAAUCAUGACGUCGAUGCGAAUAGUGUACCUGAAGAAUCACAAUCUCAUGAGCCGCCACUCCAGGAAUCGCCAUCUCAAGAAAAUCCGCCACCACCUGCUGCUAUACAAUCUGCUCCGGAAGAACAUCUUCCUGAGGAAAGUCACCUACCACUACCACUACCCAAGAGCCGAAAUCCCAAUCUACCACUGCCCCUCAAAGUGGACAAAAUCAUUUCCAAAUCUAAUUUGCGAAGCAUCGAAGAAAAUAACCGAGCAAUAGCCCGUCGUCUGGUCCUGAAAGCCGACCUCAAUGAUGAUGAUGAAGGAGAAGAGGAAGACUUUUUGGAAGUUAUUCAAGUGAAACAAAAUGAGGGUGAGCCCGAGUCAACAGCGAGCCAUAAAGUCCCCUUCGCGCAGCCGAUGAGGAUGAGUUCACGGGCUUUAUUGAAUCAGCAGUUGAUUCAGCGGAAUGUCCAGCAGGCCAAAAAAAGGAGGGAAGAAGAAGAAGAACAGCGGCGUCUUGCCCUUGAGGAGCGGGAGAAGCAGAAAGCGAAGAGAAAGGAGGAGCGUCGGGCAGCAUGGCUGGCAGAAAAGGCGGAGAGAGAAGGGAAGACGGAUCAAAUUGAAGAGGGUCAAGGAGAUAUCAAUGCAGAGGACGAUGACGUGGCUGUACUGGUAGCUGGCACGGAAGAGGAUGCUAACCAUCGUAGCAAGGGCGAAGACAUGAGAGACCGAACCAACGAAAAUGACGUAGAGACAAGUGACCGACGCCCUGCGGCACGUCGACUAUUUUCCGGUGAUGAUGCGCGGAGACCGUUCACUGAGUUGUUUCGAGACAGGGCUGCAAGUGAUUUGAGCGAGGCCGAAGCACGUAGAGACGAGACGGGUGUUCAUGAUGGAGAUGAGGACCGGGCGGACACUGCCGACUCUCAGGCUUUCCUGUUGAACGCCAUGCGCGAUAAUAGGCAAGAGGUCCAGAGUCAGGAUAUAAAUCAUAAAGUACAUUUGAAUUACAGCUACAGUUUUGAUACUGCGUCACAAGAGCUGUUGAAUACACAAGACACCCAAGCAGUGCCGGUUGAUGAAUCAGAAACAGAUCCUCCACGACCGCCGGCCGUGGUCGUUCCAGCCCCCAGUCCAGCCGCACCUAAAAGGGUGGGAAGAAUGAAGGGCAAAGAGGGAAAGCCUAAGGCAGGAAGCUUGAUGUACUUCUUUGAGAAGGCGAAACAACAACCUGCAUCGCUCACAUUGACAGACGAGAACGACGAUAUGGAUGCCACGUGUCCAGCAGGUGCGGGAGAAUUGAGGGCCAUAGGAGGGCUAGUAGGAGCGAGAGACGCAUUAGAUGAGAACUCAGGGUUGUUGGAUAUGCUGUCUGGGCAAUUUGAUGACGAACACGUCCGUAAUUCACAACAGGAAGCUGGAAGUGGCAUGGACGAAAACGAUGACGUGUUUGCAGCACUUUUGAGAGAUAGUAGUGAUGAAGAGGACAGUGUGGGAGUAGAGCACAAGAAAGUGGCUGCUCGCAUGGUUGAUGAGAGUGAUAGUGACGAUAGCGAGCAAAAUCCGAGUGAUGCAAGGGAGGAGGAUCAAGAGAACCACAACGGUGAGCAUUCAACUCCCACGUCAUUUUCCCAAUUGCUGCAUACCUCGGAUCCUUUGGACGACUCCCUGCAGUCCAUGAGAGAUCCUCCGGAUAUUGUUAGUAACCGCGCGGAAUCGAGCACGACCAUUAUAUUGGGAGCUGAAAGACAAAAGGAGAAGAGUGUCUAUGUCGAUGCAGAGGCCGAAGAGGAAGAAGACGAGUUUUUCGGCCUUGGCGGUGCAGAUGGAGAUGAGGUUGGCGAAGCUCUCGAUCAGGAUGAUAAGGACCUGGUCGUCAGCGACGAGGAGAUUUCCCAAGGGUUCCAAGAGAUUUUGGAUCUUCAUAGGCAACAAGUUCAAGAAGAACAUGAGAAAGAAAUUACGGAGCUGUUGAACGACGUAACCACUGGCAAUUUGCGAAAGCGCAAAGCAAGACGGUCAGAAAAUGGUGGAUUUUUAGAUGACAGCGAUGAGGAUGAUGAGCUCUUACUCGCACGGAUACGAGCGAGAGGCUUUAUUGAGGAGAGGGAAAGCCUUGGUGAUGAAGCGAGGGGAUUGGAGAUGUAUGCGGCGAAUCCUGAGACGGCAGCCUUUGCAAGGUGCUUUCAAAGCACAUGUGCCGUUAAGGAGGGCUUUUUGUCGUCGGAUGAGGAUCCAGAACCAGAAGGCAAGGCACCUGCGGUUGGUCUCACGAGAAAAGUACAUCGAGUUAGGACCCGUGAUAAGCGUGAUCGGGGAGGAGAGGAUAGCGACGAGGAAGAUAUGGAUGCGGCAGUGACAACGGGCGCUAAGCGAGCGAGGUUGGAACGAUAUCGCACAUGGCCAUUGACUGAUGAAGCAGAUGACGUUGAAGAAGGACAGAGUGGAGUCAGAAGAGAGCUUUUUGGAGCCGAACUCAGCAUCAGUUCUGAGAAACCAAUGCAAUUCGAGGAAGAGAGAAUUGAUGUUUUGGCACAAAUGAUGGAAAGAAAAAGAGCGAGAGCCAUGACUAAACUUUCCCGUCAAGCAUUAAGGGCGAGAAGCCCCGGAAGGGUCGAAAUGAUCUCGCGAACCACUGAGUCGUCCCGUAUAUUCAUGAAGCUUUCCGCUAAAGGUGGGUCAACGACGGGGUCAGGUGCCGCGGGAUCCACCUCUCCUUCCAGAAAGAAGCGGUCUGUUUCGUCCAUGUCUGGAUUUAAUGAUGGCGGCACGGCGGAUGUUAGCGGGAGAAGGGGCGGAAUGGGCUUCAGGGUUGGCGUUGAAAAGAACAUUGAGGAGGCACCGGUUACCAAAUCGAAAGGAAAGAAGAAGCGGGGAGAUAUGAAGGAAGGAGCAAGCAACCAACGGUUGUUGGGACUGUUCUCCAGGGAAAGAAGCUUUAGGACUUAGCUGUCUGUACAAUAAAUAGACGUGUGAUUGAGCAUACACGCUUCUUACAGAUAGCGGCAGAUGCGAGAGAGCAAACAUUCGUGUAUAUACAAAUAUUUUAUAUUAUCGACCGUAACGCCCA